CUACCAUAAAUUUAUCAGUUGAACGAUGAAAACUAUUGUGAAAAUUUUAGUAUUUUGUGCUGCUAUCUGCGUCGCAAAUUCUCUUUGCAACACUUGCUCAGCUUUAACAAACUUAGCAUGCGUUGCAAACGAUAAAGUUAGCGUUUGUGUAAAUGGCCUCCCUACAACUUCUGUCAUCCCAUGUCCUACUGGAACUGUUUGUACUCCUACCGUUGCAAUAUGCAGUGCAGCAGGAACUGUUCCAGCGUCAUGUUCCAGGUGUGGCACUUGUGAUGCCAAUAAGGCAUUUGCUUGUACCGGCUACAACACAUUUGCUUUAUGUUAUGGAACAACAACCCCCAGCGCUAUAAAUUUUUCAUGUUCCGGAACUUUAGUAUGCAAUAUCGAUGAUCCGCGGAUUUGUGUAGAUCCCACAACAACAGGAUUGGGAGGAACCUGUCCGUCAGCAUCUGCAACAACAACCACACCAACAACAACUGCUGCUCCUACAACAACAACAGUAAGCCCAGGAGUUAACCCCCAAGCAUAUUGUGCAGGCGUAGGUUUAGUUGGCCGAUAUGAAAUAGCCACUGAUCCGAAUUGCAAACGGUAUGUCUAUUGCAGUUUGCUAAAUAAUAGCACAUGGGUUGGAAAUAUUUACGAGUGCCCCGGGUCGACAUAUUUUAAUUCGGCUUCCCGUUUAUGUGGUGUAACGGUACCGGCACGAUGUGCAGUGUAAGAAAGGAAAGGUAGUACUUCCCUUACA